GUCAUGGCCGGAGAGCCACUCCCUCCCGCCGCUGCCUCAGAGCUGGCGGGCCGGGUGAAACAACUCUCCGGCUUGGCUGCCGGCCGGCCACCAACGGACCCUGGAGAGACACCGUCAGGGAGCGGCGAACCUAUGAGCCACAGUCCCGAAAAUUUACCACAGGCGCGCGGCCUACGCGUGGUCCAGGGUUUUCCCUUCUGGGUGGCGAGGGCGGAUAGCUCCUUUCGGCCAGGGGCCUAAAGCCAGCCGGAUAGGAAGGCCCGAGCGGGCCUGGCUUCCGCGGCCCGGUUCAUCCAGCCGCCCGCCAGGAUGAAGCUGGUGCGGAAGGACAUCGAGAAAGACAACGCCGGGCAGGUGACGCUCAUCCCGGAGGACCCCGAGGACAUGUGGCACGCCUACAACCUGCUGCAGGUGGGCGACAGCCUGCGGGCCUCCACCAUCCGCAAGGUGCAGACGGAGUCCUCCACGGGCAGCGUGGGCAGCAACCGCAUCCGCACCACCCUCACCCUCUGCGUGCAGACCAUCGACUUCGACUCGCAGGCCUGCCAGCUGCGCGUCAAAGGCACCAACAUCCAGGAGAACGAGUACGUCAAGAUGGGCGCCUACCACACCAUCGAGCUGGAGCCCAACCGGCAGUUCACGUUGGCCAAGAAGCAGUGGGACAGCGUGGUGCUGGAGCGGAUCGAGCAGGCCUGCGACCCGGCGUGGAGCGCCGACGUGGCGGCAGUGGUGAUGCAGGAAGGGCUGGCCCACGUCUGCCUCGUCACCCCCAGCAUGACUCUGACUCGGGCCAAAGUGGAGGUGAACAUCCCGCGGAAGCGCAAGGGGAACUGCGCCCAGCACGACCGGGCCUUGGAGCGGUUCUACGACCAGGUCAUGCAAGCCAUCCAGCGGCACAUCAAUUUCGAGGUGGUCAAGUGCGUCCUGGUGGCCAGCCCGGGCUUCGUGCGGGAGCAGUUCUGCGACUACAUGUUCCAGCAGGCGGUCAAGACAGACAACAAACUGCUGUUGGAGAACCGCUCCAAAUUCUUGCAGGUACAUUCUUCCUCUGGACAUAAAUAUUCAUUGAAAGAAGCUCUGUGUGAUCCUGCUGUAACUAGUCGUCUUGCAGAUACUAAAGCAGCUGGUGAAGUCAAAGCCCUGGAUGAUUUCUAUAAAAUGCUACAACAUGAGCCUGAUCGGGCUUUUUACGGUCUUAAGCAUGUAGAAAAUGCUAAUGAAGCCAUGGCUAUUGAUACUUUAUUGAUCAGUGAUGAACUUUUUCGUCACCAAGAUGUGGCUACACGUAGUCGGUAUGUCCGGCUAGUCGAUAGCGUGCGGGAUAACAUGGGUACUGUUCGUAUAUUCUCUAGUCUUCAUGUGUCAGGAGAACAGCUUGGUCAGUUGACAGGUGUAGCUGCUAUUCUACGUUUUCCUGUUGCUGAGCUUUCUGAUGAGGAGGACGAAUCUAGUUCUGAAGAAGAUUGAUGAUGAUAUACUCUCUUAUCUUUGUUUGUUAUCAACAGAAUACAACUACCAGAGCAGGGGAGAGGAUUGUUUUUUUCUCAAACAUUAUAAACCUAAGUAACAUGCCUUACCAGAGAACACUCAUUUUUAAUGUGAUUUAAGAAGUAAACAUCCAUGUACUUCAUAUUUAUAAUUUUUUUCUUGCUGCAGCACUAAUUAUUAUUGUUCUCACUUAGUACAAAACAACUGCCUACCCAAAUGGAAAACAUUUUUAUGUACACAUACAAAUACAAUAAACACAAUAAACUGAUACCAAAAAAGAAAA